AUGAUCUCCGCGGUUGUCCUGCUGCUCAUUCUUCAUUUUAUUGAAAUUAAAGGUGAAUGCUAUUCAUGUAUGAGCAACAGCAAUUGGUCAUACUAUGCCGAACGGAUACCAGGUCUAAAGGAUUUGAACUUGACAGAACGGCCUCCUCAUGCUCCUUUUGCGUGUUCCUUCGACCCAAUGCGAGUUUAUGCUGAUAAAACAGCCGUUUAUUGCAAAGGUUUCUGCUAUAAAUGGGCAUCAGGAACCAUUUUACCAAACGGAAACAUGGAGAUAAGUGUUCUGCGUGGAUGUUACAAUCGCUUGAUUGACGAAGACUAUCAUGAAUCACCUUCAGACAAUCGUUGUUUCCAAACCCCGGAUGAUUACUCGCACAGAGCACAAGUGGAAUACAAAAUGGAAUGCUUCUGCAAGGGAUUCAUGUGCAACAACUCACCCGUCUCAUUUGUUAAUCUCAUGAUUUGGCCUAUCCUAUUGUUUUUUCGGUUAAUAUAG